GGCUCCGUACUAUGCCGUCAAACGAUUCUGAAGAGUGAUCACUAUGAGACAUCUGAACGCUUUCUUCGUGCCCCGCUCAGACUGGAAGGGGCUCCAAACUUUCGUAGAGCGGAUCCACAAAUCCUGGGCGCCGCUCAACCAACAAUUACAGGAAUCCGUACCAUAUUGAUGCUCUUGCAGAUCCGCGGACAGAACACAACUCGCAAAGCCCUAUGGUUCUCUGCUCGCGAGGAGCCGAUCGUCUAUCUCGAUGGCAAGCCUUUUGUCCUGCGCGAGAAUGAGCGCCCGUUCACCAACAUCAGGUCGGUGCAGGGCAUCAGCAGCACACGUUUAGAACAGAUGGAGGCGAGGUUGAAAGAGGACAUCGAGAGGGAAGCUAGCAAGUGGAACGGGAUGCUGCUGGUGCAUGAGGAGAGCGAAGGGAAGCUGGUGCCAACUUGGAUGGCCAUCGACCGCCCACAUAUUCAGACACCUCGAGAGGUUUUUGAUGCGUUUGUCGCGGAAGGGUUUCCCGUUACCUAUUUCCGUGUGCCUGUAAGCGGAGAACAAGCGCCCGAGGACCGGUUCAUCGACACAUAUAUCAAUGCCAUAACGAGUUCUAGACCGGAUGAUGCGCUCAUCUUCACGUGCGGAAUGGGCAAAGGCAGAACUACGUUUGCCAUGGUACUUGCCAUGAUCAUCCGAAACGCGCAAUACGGUGAACGCAGCGCCCGAGCAUCGCUCCAUGCCAUUAGAGCUGAUUCCUCACGGAUCGAUCUGACUGCUUUGGAGGAGAGCGAGUCGCAAAAUACAGCUAUGCUCCGUUUGGUUCAUGUUCUCGAACAAGGAUUGGCGUCGUCUGACUCGGCACGUUCCGCUCUCGACUGGAUAUUUGCCCGAGCGCCGUUGAUAUCGGAUAUGAAGAGCGCUUUACUGGGAGGUUACAGAUGCAUUAUGGAGCUGGCGAGUACGAUACAUAAUGGGACGAAGCUUAAGAAGAAACUGGAUGAGAUCAUAGACCUGUGCGACGCAAUGGUCAACAUGCGCGAAGACAUCCUUCUUCAUCGCGUGAAGUACUCUGUCAAUGGCGAAUCCAAAUCUCUCCGCGCAGCUGUUGCGUGCUUGGGAAGGUAUUACUUCCUUCUCGCAUUCUUUGCCUAUGCGCGGGAGGUAGCACCACAGGGGUUUGAUGUGUCAUUCACUCAAUGGCUGGAGAGACGUCCAGAAAUUGGAACGAUGUUGCGGAAGUUCCGCGUUUCCACACCCCAAUUGAUACUGUUUCGGCCUUUGGACGACCUCUCCAUGCUUACCGGAGGAGACUUACGCAUGCAGAACUGGCAGGAUGAGUCGCCAUCGUCCUUCGAAUGGGAGAAGCAUGUCAUAAGGUCGCGACAUGGAGCUGUGCUUGCACCCCACAACAUCCUCAAAGUAGACCACUGGGACGCCGUCAAGGACGUCAUCGAAGGCGCCCCACGGUUCCGGAAACUACGGACCGCCAAUAUCUACGCGACCGCGCAACCUACGAUUCAGGGUAUGAAAAACGUGAUCCAGGAGCUGCAGCAGAGGUCAGGGGACCGACGCAGAGCGGUGUGGAUUAAUCUGCGCGAAGAGCCGCUAGUAUACAUCAAUGGAAUUCCUUACGUUCUUCGAGACGAGUUUGUGACCUUGCGGAACAUCAAAUCGUACUCGGGCAUUGAUUCGGCCCGUUUGGAACUGAUGGAGGAGUCUCUGAAGCGCGACGUGGUGGCUGAAUUGUCUACAUACGAUGAGAGCAUCUUGCUUCAUAUGGAGACUCCCAACGGCGAAGUUGUCGCGCAAUGGGAGCAUUGUUCGCCAGAGAAUGUACACACUCUUCAGGAGGUCUUCAAUCUCGUCCGGGACGAACAACAUGCGUCCGAAUCUGCCAUCGAAAUGGAUUACGCGCGGAUCCCGAUCACGGCAGAAUCCGCACCAUCACCCAGCGACUUCGCCGACAUCCAGAAAGUCAUUUGCGCGGUCGAUUUGAAGGAUUCUGCGAUACUCAUGGUGUGCCAGACGGGCAAGGGCAGGUCGUCUACGGGGUGCGUUGUCGCCUACUUGGUUUUGCUGUGGCUCGGCGCCGUUGAGCCACCGCAGACGAAAUCCGUCACUCGACCCAAUUACAGCAUCACCAACAGCCUGCUGAGAGUCGUGAGGGACGGGGUGGAGAGCAAACGGCUAGUUGACGACGUCAUCGACGAGUGUGGGGAGUACCUCAACAUCCGAGACGACAUCGAGGCGUCGAGAGUCGACGCUAUGAACGCGCCGGACGACAUGACGCGGCGGGCGGCGACUGACAGGGGUCUCGUGCAGUUGAAGCGCUAUUUCCUCCUUAUCGCCUUCCAGAGCUAUCUUGCCCAAAAUCCACCGGGGCUGAGCAACGAGCUGCAGAGUUUCUCGUCGUGGUUGCAGAAGCGGCCGGAGUUGAAGGGAAUGGUCAGAAUCAUGGGGCAGGAGAAUGAUAUUCAUGCUCUGACGCCUGUCGAGCACCUGCGUCCCGGUGACGGCAUGGCCCUUUCAACUGAAGUGCUGGAAGUCGUGAAGAGCAGGAAAGGUGCGGUUCUCAGCCAAGGGUCGAUUCUGAAGGGCGACAUGUUCCCAGGAGCGCAGAAACUGUCAUUGACGGAACGUGUCGAUGGCGCACCGAAUUUUCGCCGAAUUUCACUGUCGAAGGUCCAAAACCAGCUGGGCCGCAAUGCUAUUCUUACUGGCACGCCUUCGAGCGAUAAGUUGGCGUACAUGCAAUUCCAAGCGGACGCCAAGCAGGACCCGCCUGCGUCGUCAUCGUUGUACGGGAUAGGCAUGCCCACCAAGCCGGCGAUCAGACGGGCUUUGGAAAAAGUCGGCGCAGUGCCCGAUGGAUCCCGGAGAUUGGUCUGGACGAGUCUGAGAGAGGAGCCGGUGCUGUAUGUCUCAGGCGUGCCUUACGUUUUGAGGCUGUUGCAAGAUCCCUUAUCGAACCUCGAAACAACCGGCAUCGUCAGGGAGCGUGUGGAGUUGAUGGAGUCCCAGAUGAAGCUGGAUGCGCUGGCGGAGCUCAAGCAUUAUGGUGGUAGGCUGUUGUUACAUGAGGAAGAAGUCACUGAGAAAGGGUUUAGCAUCGUGCCGGUGUGGGAGACUGUGUCGGAAGACGCCGUUCAAACCCCAUCGGAGGUGUACAAAUGUUUCCAAGCUGAAGGAUAUAAGGUCGAUUACCUGCGGAUCCCCAUCACGGACGAACAGGCGCCGAUACCCGAGGUCUUCGAUCUUCUAGUAGACCGUCUCACCCGUCUCCGCCGAUUCACUGAUAUCAUGUUCAACUGCCAAAUGGGACGCGGUCGCACGACCACAGGGAUGAUCAUAACCUGUCUCGUCGAAACUAUCGUCGGAAACCAUCACCUAGUUGCUCACAGCAACCCACCACAAAACGAGUCCGCGCAGCUCACUCCACCGUCUUGGUUCCCGUCUUCCACUUCGCCGUACACGGAGACUGACGACGAUCAGCCCGAGCAGGUGCGCCGACGCUACGCCCGGGGCGAGUACCGCCUUAUUCUCCGCCUCCUCGCGGUGCUUACACACGGCAAGCACGCGAAACUAGUCACGGACAACGCAAUUGACGCAUGCGACCAUGUGCAGAAUCUCCGUCUUGCUGUCUAUGAUUACAAGCUGCGGGUGGAGAGCAUGGCGGAGAACACCCCCGCGGAAAAGGCCAAGAAGGAUAGGAUGAUGAAUGUGGCGAGGAAUUACCUCGUCAGAUAUUUCUACCUCAUCGUCUUCGCGGACUACCUGAUGGAGGUAUGGGCGGGGUGGAGGAGCGAAGGGAAGCUCACCGGAUCGCCCACGAGCACGGCACCGCCGUCGUCUUUCGGUUCCUCGGUUUCGUACCCGCCUGCCGUUGGGAAACCGAGACGGAUGCCGAUCAAGUUUAGUGAGUGGUUGAGGGAACGAAGGGAGAUUGUGAAUUUGGUGAGGAAUGCGGAUAACCAGUCGUUGGACUGA